GGUCACGUGGUUUAACCUAUCGGCUGCUGCGUAAUGGAGGGACUUUUGAACUUUUAGUUUAUUUUUCGCUUUCAAAACCACUGAAGAAAAAUACCUUGGAAGGUUGAAAUCCCUACAAGUCAAGUAAGUGAGCAUCCAGAAAAAUAUUUUGCAGUAAGAAAUUUGAAGCUUUUAGUAUGAAUGAACAAACUCAGUUAAACCACAGAAGCAGUCCUUGUGAACUAAACAACUCUAACAUUAUACAAAGUCCUAAAACAUCUUGUGGAUCUCCAGAACCAGUUCAAUCUCUAAAUCAAGUUUCUCAACUCAACUCUCCAUUUGUGAAGAUCAAUGUCAGAUCUAAUCAGAAACAAAAGGAAUCCGAUAACUUUUUAGCUUCCCAUUCUGGAGUUUCUCCUUCCAACAGCUUGAGCAGUAUGGAUGAUAUCCCAAGAAAUUUCUAUGAUGAUGUUAACAAUACAAAGACAAGGAAACUAGAUAAAGGACCUUUCACCACACAAGAUGACCCUAAAGAAUCCGUUUCGAAUGGCCUCUUUCUAACUAUGGAAGAAUUGGACCAAGAACUGCAAACAUUAAGCAAUCAGUGGCAGCAGGUGUUUAAUGACCUUCAGAAAUUUGAGAAAUAUUAUUCAAACAGAUUGGACAAUCUGAUUAUAAAAGCUGAGAAUUUGGAACAUUCAUGGACCACAAAGAAAGAAAUAUUGGCACAGAAGUUAAAAUCAUUAUCUCAAAAUUUCGAAAUCUAAAGUAAUUUUAUUGGUAUUUCUGAUUCAUUUAAUGAACAAUUUACCUUCAUUACA